UGUCACUUCUCUGCAGGUUUUUAAGAAAGAGUUUUGAAUUGAGGCAGAGCCACCCCCAUCCCAGAUUCAGGGAGAGAAGGUGCAGAGUGACACAACAGGACUUCCGCUGAAUUGCAUUCAGAGCUGAAGAACUUGCUGUAUGGUUCGGAGAUUUUUGUACCUUAAACGUUUUCCUCUAAAUGUUGAGCGGGGGAGUGUUACUCUAAAUGUCAGAGUAAAAAAAGGUGGAACAGGUUAAGACGUCCAAUCUCUGCUGGUUUGAAAAUGUUACUCAACUUGGAAACAACGGUUUCCACAUUGAAAGUGGGGACAUGGUUAAACAAAGCACCACAUUCAGUUGUUGUAAGCCACAGGUAAAUAGCCCUAACAUGGAUACCCAGUUUUUCUCCCCAAUAUUUGGAGGAAUCACCAAUACACCAUCCUCUGUGGACUCUUCCCAGUUCUAUACUGGCUGGUCAGCCUGUGGAGAUGAUGCCAAUACUGUUGCUGCAUUACAUGACUGUACACAAAAAAGGGCACAGGUCAAUCUGUCCUAUUCUGGCAACGGCCCCGAUAUGUUUGGUUUAGUGACAAACAUCUUAGAGGAGCCAGAGAAGCAAGAAGCUGCUACAGACUGGAAUUCUUUAUCAAGAUUAUUCCCACCAGUGUGGUCAUCAGACUUUGAAAACAACAGCAGCCUCUCGGGUCUUUUUCCUAUGAAGAUUUUGGGAAAUGAUGACCUUACCAACUUAGUUGAUGUCCAGCAAUCUUACGAAGAAAACUGGCAAAAGGCAUCCUCUGUGGAAUUGUUAAAGAACGAACUCAACGACCUCCAUGUCAUAGGAUCCUGGGAGUUGCCUGGGAGUGUUUGUAUCCAGUCACCUGAGGACAUCCUGAAGAACGCUGAUCCACAGAACAAGGCUCUUAAGAGUAUUGGAACCAAUCAAGGCAACUUUGUACGCGUGCAAAAUUACAACAAGAAUAGCCAUGGGAGCACACCUUCGUCUCAUAAUAAAAUAAAAGAUAGUACCAAUAAGGAAUGCCAGAAAUCUGGCAGAGGAAGAGAGAUGAUGAUGAGAAAUGACACAGAAGGCUCAAGCAACAAUUUCAUCCAGCUGUCAAAUUCUCCUAUAGGUGGAAUAUGGGACCCAGUCAUCCAGGAAAAUAAUUUGUGUCCUGAACAGUAUACGGGUUUUACAACUACUCAUGAGCGUCAGGAAUUUAGCUACUUGUCUGAACAUUUUCUUAGUUCAGCACUUAAUACAGAAAAUAGCUUUCCUGAAGCAGUGGAAACAGAAUUUCAGGAAAACUACCCACAAAACAGCCACCAUAACAUCCGAAUGUCAGUGACCUUUCACAGUGGUGAACAUAAGGGCCCCCUACAGCCUCAGAAAGCUCCCUGUAGUCAUUCGGCUCUAAAACCAACUGCGCGAAACAUGAAGUCAUCUUACAAUGGAUAUACGUGGCUGGAGACAAAAAGACCAAAUCCAAGUGCUGUGUCCUGUGCAACCUAUGGGAAGCAAAAGGAAAUGUCUUCCAUUCAGUCAGGUGGACCUUCCACUAAACGGCCCCCAGGCCAGCUAUCCUAUUCACAGAAGCCAUCAGGGCCGUCCUUGAGAAAUGAUGGCAAACAACAGUUAUUUGGUAACAUUCCCAGUAUUUCAGGAUAUUCUAGUUCUAGAGAAAAUCAGAAACAACCACGUAACCCUGUCGGACACUCCCAGACUCAUUCUUUAGCUGCUUCAGAGGGAUACUGUGGUAAAGUAUCUGUUAAUGCUUCUUCCAGUUGUUUAUCACAGCAGCACUCGCUGAGAAACGAGUCUGCAAAGCACCACAGAUUUAAUAAUAAGCAAAACCGAUAUAAUACCGAUGAGAGAAGAGGGCAAUACGAAGGAAGACAGAGGAAUCAUUCAAUUCCACACACAAGAUAUGUAGGCCCGGAUCAGCCACAGCUUGAAAUAUGGGGAAGAAAACCAGAACCAAAUGGUGCUGCCUUAACUGAUUUCAUCAAUCCUUCUUUCCUUCCUCUGUUCCCAUUAGUGUCUGGUUAUAAACCCAUGCCCAGUUUCCCUCCAUUGAAUCCUCACCUGUUUUCAUCACCCGCCAAUGUUGCGUUUUCUCUUUUGCCGUUUCCAUGGGCUGAACUUGCUGAUCUCCUUCCUUAUGACGACUUGCCCCAUUUAAGUCCUUUCCUGAAUGACCUCUUCUGUGGAGAGACUACUUCUCCGUGCUUGGCCUUUCCACCGCCCCCUAGCCAGUAUCGGCCUCCAAGGAGUCGUAAUGGACCGGCCAAUGAGCUUCAUAUUCAUCUGGAAGAAUGUUAUGAGCAGUGGAGAGCACUAGAAAGAGAACGGAAAAAGACAGAGGCAGAUCUAGCAAGAAGUUUUCCAGGGAAGCAGGUGUCCAUCUCCAGUAAUGCUCCCUUUUCCCGGCUUCCUGCCAAGCCUUCCCGCGUGGAUCGUCUGAUUGUGGACCAGUUCCGAGAGCAGGCAAGAGUACACAGCUUAGUUGGGAAAAUGCAGCACCUCUGUGAGAUUCCUGUCCAUAGAAACAUAUCUGCCACUUUGGGACGUCAUUUGGAAGCCAUCUGUGCUACUCAAGCAAAACGCAAGGAAGAGAUCAUUAAUGCUGUUAAUCCUCAGCGGCUAGGGAUGUCUCGUUACAAUAAGGAAAAAGAUGUCCUAGCUCUUGCAGCUGCCAUUAAAGAUCUGGCCUUCUUCACGCGGAAAACCCGUACAGCUUUGUGGUGCGCUUUUCAGAUGACGCUGCCGAAAACGUCAGCAGGCGCCCUGGUGAAAAAGGAGGAAGUGGAAAAGGCGUUGCAGGGGCUCUGCCCGGUAGACUGCAGCUUCCGAGUGAAGAUCCUUGCAGAGCAGGAAGACAAAGAAAACCAGAGGGAGAAUCCCAAUGAACCCCAACCAGUCAUCAAAUGAGCACCGUCCAGCAAAUCUUGCAGCGGAGUGAAAAGCCGACCUGGCUGUUGUUGAAAUCUAGCUGGUGUAUACUGAGCGUCCAGUGCCAUUGUUCAAAUCUAGAUGGGUGUGUUUCUCUUGUAAUCUUGCAGCAAUCUUAGUAUGGAUGGCGUGUAUCUGCAGUUUAAAAGAGAAAUGAUCAAAAUAAAUGUAGGCAAGCAAUAGUCAUUCUUCUUCUUGAUCCCUGAUCCAAAGCUGUGACUCAAGCCAUGAACUAGGAAACUAGCAAACGGCUUAGCUGACUCUCAUAUUUUUACAGUUUAGUGUAUUUCACAAUACCACUUAAGCAUUUAUUGAUCCUUCAUCUUGUAAUAUUAAUAUUUUAAGUGCCAAAGUGAUAACUGAAUACCGUUAUCGUCGUUGCUGUUUUGGAAUAAUGUACCUGUAUGUUGUGGUAUUGUUAGGAGCCGAGAAAAAAUGCGGAUGAUCUGGUUUAAGCAACCAGCAGUUAACAUUAGUUCUGCUAAAAUUGUGAAGCUGUUUUUGCCAGCGUGCGUUUCAGGCUGAACUAAUCCAGACCUCACCAUCACUAGGUAUGGUGGUCCAACAGAUUCUGUAGGUUUUGGAAAAAGAAGGAAAGUUUUAAAUACCAUGUAUUAAAUAUUCAAUUAUGGUGCGUGUUAGUUAGUGGAAUUAAAUACUUUGACAUUAGGAAAGGAAUACAGUACUUUGAUACCUUAGUGGCUUAAAUGAUUAUUUAACUUGGUAUGCACUUAAUGAAAACUAUAGCUGUUGAUAUUUAUUUUAAGAAUUAAUAUAUCAUUUGUCUGACUUCACUAUACACUUUGAUCCCUCACCAGACCUAUUAAUCAGGCUUAAUGUAUGCUCAGGGUCUGUUACGUGUAUCUAUAAACUAUAAAUAUGCACAAGGUAUUAUGUUUGUAGAGAUGGGAUGUUUGUACAAAUAGUUCUGUAGACUUACUUGAUACUAGGUUACCAAAGCUGACUGGUUUAUUUUUAGCACGAGGAAAUUUUGUAUGUUGAAUCACUAUUAUUGGGCUUCAUGCUGUGUCAUGGACAAUCAGAUUCAUCACAUGCCAACAUGAAUGUAUAAGAUAACUAUAACAGAUGGUUUCCCUCUCCAAAGUUUUACUAGUGCCCUUUGAUUUCGGUCGCUCCAAGUACAGGUUUCCCCUUUCACAAGAAUGCUGUGUACAGCCCCAUGCAAAUGGUGAUGGGGCCGUAUGUUUGUGUACAGAAGGCUGUCACAUUGUAGUGAAGGGAGGGACCUUUGUGUGUAUCUGUGCACAUGUGCAUAAUUCCUGUGUGUUAAAGAAAAUCUGGAUUGGGGCUUUGGUAGGUGGAUUCUUAUCAUUUCUGAGUAUUAACUUUUUCACAAUCUUGUAAAAUGUGGGAUAGCCUGCGUGUACUGAUCACCCAAUCAUGUGCUUGUAUCUUAUAUGUUAGAGGAGAAUUCUGAAGAGCAGUUCUCACGCUCCUAAGAUCCUUGUUGAAAAAGCGAGGAAUACUUCAAAGAACAGAUUUCUUUCAUCUAACACGUCAGAUAUCGCUCUGAGAAGCACAAUUGGGUCGUUAACAUUUCCCCCACUGUGUUCAGUUUUGAGCUUGUGGUCAUUUAGACCCAUGGUUCUCAUCCUUGUGUCCCCAGAUGUUCUUAGACUGCCGCUCCCAGACUCCUUCCCCACUAGCUGUGCUGGGGAGGAUUCUGGGAGCUGUAGUCCAGAAACCCCUGGAGAGCCAAGGAUGGGAACCACAGAUUUGAGACAACAGGGAUGGGGAGGCAAUAUUCAGCAAAGACACUGCUGGGUGUCAGCUCCCGGUAUUCCUCACCUGCAAUUAUGCUGGGUAAGGCUGGCUGGAGAUUGCAGUGCAACCGUGUCCCUAGUCCAUCCCUUUGCUUAUCCCUUGAUUGUGUAAAAUUUUUACAGCAGAUGCAAGGACUUCAGUAUCUGCAGCAAGAAGUUGCAGAUUCCUUGUAUUCUUCUUACUUGGUUUAAAGUCCAAAGGAAACAAUCUUCAGAGUGCCAGAAUUCUUAAGGAAAAUAUAAAUAAUAUUUUCAGCUUUAGUUUUUUCCUAAAAGAUUAAGAAUGCUGGAAACUUAUAUUUUGUGCAUUUUGCACUAAUGGUCUAAAGGUCAGAUAGGUUUUAGAACCAGUUUAAUAUAUGAGCGGUUAAUUGUAUUUAACUUUUAUCACUAGUGCUUUGUUAGAAAAGAUAAUUCAGCAACCUGUUCUUUCCUGUUUAUAAAAUACUUGUAUUUUUUAUGGACAUGAGCGUAAUAAUGAUAGGCGCACUGAAUUUGUGAGAAGUGUUUUAAAACAGUGGUUAUGAUGAUUGGUUGCUUUAGUAAUGUGCCUUUGAAAAGUCUUUAAGGUAAAUAACUGUGUGCUCAGCUUUUUUUUCUUUUUCUUUUUUUUGGCAACUGAACAAUUUAUUUAAAGGGAUUUCUAAGCUGCAUUUCAUAGGUAGUUUUACAGUAUGAGUGUUUCGUAAUCGGUUUCCAGCACUGGGUUUCCUAGCAUUAUAAUACCUAAAAUAAUAUCUGUUAUCAUUCUGUUGAUUAUAAAAGUGUCCUGUCCGUUUUUAUUUUGUGUCUUUUGUCUGCAUUUUGAGCUCCCUUUACAAAAUGGUAGUAUAUGUACCCACCAAAGAGUGAGGUUAUAUUUUAUGCAUGCUAAUUGUAAUUCAGCCUUGAGGAAGAACUGGAAGCAGGAGGCUAUACCCAAGUUCUUUUGUUCAGGGUGUUUCCCCAGCAGUAUUGAGGUUAACCACCUUGUACCUCUGGCUGAUGAUCAUAUUAAAUACUUUGCAUUCAGGGCUUCAUUUAGAAAUGAGGCAGAAUCGAUGUAGGAGCUCCUCAUAUAGAGGAAUAUACUGAUUAUAUUACGGUUGGUUCUGAUCAAGUUCCCUUAGGUGCACAAGGCUGGGUGACUCACAUGCCUUUUGAAUUAAGUCCUUAUCAGUUUCCUGCUCCUAACUCCUCAAACACGUUUAGCUGCUGGAGUUCCUGAAUUUUUUUAUUCUUAGAAUGCUCUAAAAUAUUUCCAGCUUUAUAUUCCAAGAUGCCAGUUGCCAAAUCAAAUCCAUACUUUCUAUUAGCGGUGCAGUAAUCAUUUGCUUUUUAACCGCUAGGUAAAAUUAAGCUGCGUACAGUAACUUGAAGAUCAGGUAUCCUCAUUCUCAAAAUCAGUGCCAUGCUUCCCCUUUCGCUUAAAUCAGAACAUGUAUUGUUUCUGAUCUAAAUGUACUACACUGUGAUGCUUCCACUCUUGGGUAGAUCUCGCUGGAUUUGCCCAAUGAUGACUCUAAUAUCAGAUAAUGUUAAAUUAUGCAGCAUAGAUAUGCAAACUUAGAUAUUCGUAUUGAAAAUGCUUUUAGAAAUGUGUUUGUGAUUGUGUGUGUAUCGCCAACUUCUUGUGGAGAUUAUGAUCUCUGAAAACUGGAAGCUGUCAUGUUGAAGACUGGUGAGAAGAAUGGCAGAGAUUUGAAUGGGAAUUGGUUGAUCCUAAAACUAAAUCGGGUUGAAUCUGUUCUUAGUUUCCUGUUGGAAUUUGAUUAAGGGGUUUGUGUCUUAAUGUUGCAGACAGGGUUCUGCAAUGAACGGUGCAGAAUUUAGCCUUGGAAUGGGCUUCUGGAUGUUGUUUUUCACAAGUCAGUGGUACAUAAUAGCUUGAAUCAAAUGUGGUCCUUCAAGAAAGGGAGGGAGAAAGGAGAGAUGGCUCUGUCUUAAUUCCCCACGCAGCUCUUUCCUAAAGUCACACUCUAUUCACUGAUUUUGGAUCUAACUCUUAUCUCUACUAAAAUACAAUCUAGGUUUGUGAAGCUACAGAGACCACCUUGCAAGGUUCCCCAUACACAGAGGUGUUUAGUCUUACUUGCCUAGCCGAAUUUGUGCCUUCCUUUCUCUCGGAACAGCAGCCUGUCUGCGUAUUUUUUUCAUGCACUAUUUUUUGAACUCAAGUUUCACCUGCGGUUUGCCAUCCGGUACUGUUGGGCGUUCCUGUUUUGAGCAAAACCCUCCCAGGCAUAUGGAUUACUUUCCAUCUUUCUUUGGAUUUUGGCUGUCAUCUUAAGAACGAUAUACUGGUGACUUCAUUGCAUACUCUUGGUGACUUUAAUACAACUUUAUUCGUUUGGAAAAGCGUGGUUCUCAUUGAAUGUCUUGUGCCAGCAAAUGUCUAUUGAGAGACUUGUUUUAAACCUGAACAUUCAGUUGUCAACCACCAGCAGAUAAGUUUGCGGGCUUUGGAGAAGUCAUCCUUGUGCGUAUAUGUAUUUUGAUUUUUCUUGCCUAUAAAGAGGCCCAGUUUCAAAUGGUUUCCUACAUAGUUUUAUGGGUCUUAGUCACCAGCACACUUAAACUUUUGGCAAAUGUUUACAUGAAAAUGAAUAGUAGUACUUAACGCGUUUACAAAAAGCUUUCAUAGCAUUUUUUAAAGGCAGUUUCCAUCAGUUUUCAUUUUUUCCUCAAAUUU